GCGGGGCGGAGGGAAGAGCGAGCGAGCGGGCGGGCGGGAGGCGCCGGCGCCAGACACAGAGUGAAGGAGCUACGAGUAGCCGCCGAGAGGCCCCGGAGCCAGCAAGGACCAAGCCAGCCGAGCCGCCGCCGCCGCGCCGCCAUGGCGGCCACCAAGGACAUCCAUGAGGACCACGACACCUCCACCGAGAACGCAGAUGAGUCCAACCACGACCCCCAGUUUGAACCCAUAGUUUCUCUUCCUGAGCAAGAAAUUAAAACGCUGGAAGAAGAUGAAGAGGAGCUUUUCAAAAUGCGGGCAAAGCUGUUCCGAUUUGCUUCAGAGAACGAUCUCCCAGAAUGGAAGGAACGAGGCACUGGCGACGUCAAGCUCCUAAAGCAUAAGGAAAAAGGGACCAUUCGCCUCCUCAUGAGGAGGGACAAGACCUUGAAGAUAUGCGCCAACCAUUAUAUUACGCCAAUGAUGGAGCUGAAGCCAAACGCAGGCAGUGACCGUGCCUGGGUCUGGAACACCCACGCUGACUUUGCUGAUGAGCGCCCCAAGCCGGAGCUGCUGGCCAUCCGCUUCCUCAACGCUGAGAAUGCACAGAAAUUCAAGACAAAGUUUGAAGAGUGCAGGAAAGAGAUCGAAGAGAGAGAAAAGAAAGGAGGAUCGGGCAAAAACGAGAAUGCCGAGAAAGUGACUGAAAAGCUAGAAGCGCUUUCAGUGAAGGAGGAGAGCAAGGAGUCCGAAGACGAGGAGACCAAGGAGAAAGCCGAGGAGAAGCAAUAAGUCCUCUGCCCUUGUUUUCUGUUCCUUCCUUCCUUUUCCUUUUUUAAAAGAGAAUUUGCCCUGGCCCUUUUCGGUUUGUUUUUAUUCUGUUUUGUUUUUACAAGGGACUUUAUAUAAAGAACUGAAUUCUAGCA